CUCAAGCUGGGCAGAGGACUCGAUGCAGGGACUUUCAGGAUGAUACAUUUUCACCCAUUGCCGGUACCGUUGGUCAGAAAUGUGAUAUACACCACACCAUUUCUUCAUAUGCGUUAUGAUGGUACAGACUGUGCUUUGAUGGUGACACCGUCAGACACAGUACAACACUUUGAAAGUCGUCAUGGAAAUUUUCUGAUGUCAUUUACAAGCAGGUAUAAGCAAGAGUUUGGGUUUAUUAUUCCUGAACGUUCUAUCAUCGUUGACGAUGUGAGAAUUAGGGGCAUUGGGAGGGCCAGAACUGUGAGUCAAACAAAGCUACCUGAAGCUCAAGUUCUUCCUACUGUUCUAGAGGUUGUUAACUGUUAUUUUGAUGGAGAAAAUAUGUCAACACAAGUGUUCAAACUUGGAGAUCUUACUUUUGGGCAUUCACUAGAUGGUCCUGCUGUUUUAGUGGAUGAAAGUAGCACUAUCCUGGUGGAACCUGGUUGUACUGCAAGAAUAACUCAAUAUGGGGAUGUUGAAAUUAUGGUGGGACAAGAUAUAAAGAGAGAUCUUGGCCCUGAAUUGGACACUAUUCGUCUCUCUGUUUUCUCACAUCGAUUCAUGAGUAUUGCUGAACAGAUGGGGAGAGUGCUACAUUGGAGAGACGAAAGACCCGUUCAAGAGAGAUUGAUGGAACACAGAAGAACUGCAGUGGCUGGCAACAAACAGAACCCCCUGGGGAGCACAUAGCUACAAACAUGGCAACACACCCACCCCAGACGUUGCUUUCAAAGCAACCAUAAUCAAAAGAACACAGAACCAUGUAAAUCGGAAGCUUAUGGAGGCCAUAGACAUGGCUGAGAACAAUCUUCAGUUAAACAUUGACAACGGUUGGCAGCUUCUUCCAACAAUCACAACAAGGGUCACCAGGAGACGAGUGGCAUACACCAUAUUUUUUGUAUAAAUAGCUUGUUUGUUCUCAAUGUUUCUCAUUGUAUGUACGUACACCUGAGAGGCCCUAAGUCAGUUGUUUGACAAGUUUGAGGAGAAAGGGCAUUGACUUCGGUCAUACUUUAGGGAGUUGCU